AGUCCCUUCCGAUUGGCACUGCAGCCGUGUCAACAGUGUCUGCGAGUGUCGUUUGAGGUUAGUAGUUGAGGGUUGCGGUGUCCAUUAGCGAGUGUUUUACGGAAGUUUUUUGAAUUACGUCUGAAAAGUCAUCACUUGGUGGAAUCGGUUUCUGGUGUCCUCUUCUUUGGAGUUUCCGGCGAUAUUAGUGCGGACGACAGGAAGGGAAGCAGCAGUGAAAUGAAUAACGUGGAUAUCAUGUCUGUUCAACAGCGCGACACAUCGAAGAAUCAAAAAUUCAUUCAUACGGAUUACAGGAAGAAAAAUGCUAAAGGUCUUACAUCACGAUUUUUGUUCGAAUGUGCCAUCAAAUUAGCAAUGAAACCGCUGACGUCAGCAACGGCAGCGAUUUUGUUCCACAGAUUCUACAAGGAAGUGGAUGCGUCUAAUUACGAUGAGUUUCUUAUAGCCGCAGCAUCUCUUUAUUUAGCUGGAAAGAUAAAAGAUGAUCCAGUUAAAAUUCGGGAUGUUAUAAAUGUGGCGCAUAACACAUUGAACCGAGGAUCGAGUCCUUUGGAACUUGGGGAUGAAUACUGGGCUUUAAGGGAUGCAAUUGUUCAGGCUGAAUUGUUGAUUACUCGCAUGUUGAAAUUUGAUUUAAAUAUUGUUCACCCGCAUAAGUACAUGCUGUACUACAUGAAAUCUCUACAAGAUUGGUUUGGGUCUACCAAAUGGAAUUCAUUACCAAUCGCAAAGACUGCAGCGGCAUUUUUACAGGAUUUCCACCAUAAUCCCGCAAUUCUCAACUACAAACCAUCUCAUAUUGCCAUCUGCUGCCUGUCACUGGCGUUACAAACUUAUGGAGUGCAAGUUCCUCUAACCGAUGAAAAUGAUGACUCCACAGUUUGGUACAAUGUAUUUGUCAAAGAUCUUACAAAGGACAAGCACUGGGAGAUAAUUGAGCACAUAAUGGAAGUCUACAAUUCCGAGGGCGAUAGUCAAAGUUCUUAAGUUAAGAAUUACAGAUAAGAAAAUCUGAUAACCUUCUCAUUAUUUGGCUUACAAAUAUUUUAAAGACUUUUCUUUUAAACUUUUUUGUUUGAUUCUGUUGUUUUUUAAAUGAAUUCGAGAGAAUUUUUUGUAUGAUGUGAUAAAUUCUAUUAUCGGUAUUAAUGAUAUUUAUAUUUAAAAAAAAGUCACAGUGUACGACCAGAAUAUUUUGCAGUAAUUGCAACACAUUCGACGGGUUUGUGUAUGACAAAUUAAAUAAGUUCUUUUUUAUCGAUGGCAAAUAAAAAUGAAAAGUUUUCAAGGCAAA